AUGUCCAUUCAGAAGAUUCAUGCUCGGGAGAUCCUUGACUCCCGCGGGAAUCCAACCGUGGAGGUGGACCUCUUUACCGCCAAAGCAGGUCUCUUCCGGGCUGCUGUACCCAGCGGAGCCUCCACAGGAAUUUACGAGGCCCUGGAACUGAGGGAUGGGGACAAGUCUAGAUACCUCGGCAAAGGUGUCCAGAAGGCCGUGGACCACAUCAACAAGACCAUUGUACCGGCUCUCCUGAAAUUAAGUGUGGUGGAGCAAGAAAAGGUCGACAAACUGAUGCUGGAACUUGACGGGACCGAGAAUAAAUCAAAGUUUGGUGCUAACGCCAUCCUGGGGGUGUCACUGGCUGUGUGCAAGGCUGGAGCCGCCGAGAAGGGUGUUCCACUCUACCGACACAUCGCUGACCUGGCUGGAAAUCCUGAUAUCAUUCUUCCCGUCCCUGCAUUUAAUGUGAUAAAUGGAGGUUCUCAUGCCGGGAAUAAGUUGGCCAUGCAGGAAUUCAUGAUCCUGCCGGUCGGAGCCUCUACCUUCAGGGAGGCCAUGAGGAUCGGUGCAGAGGUCUACCACAACCUGAAAGCCGUCAUCAAGGCCAAGUACGGCAAGGAUGCCACCAAUGUUGGAGAUGAGGGUGGCUUUGCUCCAAAUAUCCUGGAGAACAACGAAGCCCUAGAGCUCCUAAAGGCUGCCAUUGAGAAGGCUGGAUACCCUGAUAAGAUUGUCAUUGGAAUGGAUGUGGCUGCAUCAGAAUUCUUCCGCAAGGGGAAAUAUGAUUUGGACUUCAAGUCCCCAGAUGACCCAAACCGCUACAUCUCUGGACAACAGGGUGACACACUGUUCUCUCUCUCUACAGUGGUCUCCAUUGAGGACCCCUUUGACCAGGACGACUGGGAAAACUGGAAGAACUUCCUCACCACUGUUGAUAUCCAGGUAGUUGGGGAUGAUCUGACAGUGACAAACCCAAAGAGAAUCCAGAAGGCUGUGGAGGAGAAGGCCUGCAACUGUCUUCUUCUGAAAGUCAACCAGAUCGGAUCAGUCACAGAGUCCAUCCAGGCGUGCAAGCUGGCCCAGUCCAACGGCUGGGGUGUGAUGGUCAGCCAUCGCUCCGGCGAGACAGAAGAUACUUUCAUUGCUGACCUGGUGGUCGGAUUGUGUACAGGACAGAUCAAAACUGGUGCCCCCUGCAGGUCAGAGAGAUUGGCCAAAUACAACCAGUUGAUGAGGAUUGAGGAGGAGUUGGGAGACAAAGCCAAGUUUGCUGGAAAGAACUUCAGGAACCCCAGAGGAAAAUAA